AUGUACCAUACGCCCUCUGGGGGCAAUAAGCAUCAAGGAAUCAACAUCCCACAUCCUAGACGAAACACGCUCUUUGUUGAGUCAAGCAAGGAGCUCGAUUCACUAUCAUCUGGCGUCAAAAAGCAAACAAGACAGCAUGCUGCUACAGAUCUACCGCUAAAUGUAAAGGAUCUACUGGAAUCUGGAGACAUCAUUGCAUCAAAAGGACGACGAGAGGAAAUUAGGAAACAAUAUGCACAAAACUCAAGGAGUCAAGUAAUUGCAAAUAAUAGUAAACGAGAGAAAUCUGCAGCUGCCACUGUCAGUGUCGAAGCGUUGAACAUUCCUCCCGAUCUUGUUCCAGAAGAGGACAAUGUCCCAUGUACUAUCCAGGAAGAAGCUGAGGAACCAACUGAUCCUAAUCCUGUCUAUGGACCUGUAGUAUCAGUUGAACCUGUGCCUCCUGCUGUAACAGAGGCACCUCUCAUUCCACAGCCAGAACCAAUCUCGACUAGCAGCAAUAGUACACCAGCCAUCUUCAAUAGCCAUACUGAACCGAAUGUGACAAUAGAUGUUGGUGAUGAUGAUGAGAACAUAAAAUCAAUCGACGACGUAGAUGCUCUAAUGAACAAGUAUGCCAAAAUGUUGGAAGAUCGAAUCAAAAAGUCGGCACAUUCGGCCAUAUUUGAGGCGCAAUUAUCCAAUUUCCGAAGUCAACAUGGCCCUUAUCAGAGUGUCAUAGAAGAGGCAGAAGAUGACUCAGAUAGUCUAGACGUAAACAGGGAAUCGGCAGCAAAACGACUCAAAAUUGUAGAUGACACUCCCCACUUUUGGGAACCAAUGACGCACGAACGACAUCGUCAUCACGAUCAUGCUCACGCUCAAUUUACAGAAAGAAAUUAUCCCGCAAUACGGCAAUCACGAACAUCUGCGGUGGAACGACCAAAGUCUCGACCUCAUUCGGCCAUUCACCCAUCUGUGCCAUUGAGCCCCUCUCAAUCACCAGUACACCCAAUAGUAGUCAUUACAGAUGUAAAUCGCGUGAAUAUGGAAGAGCUGCCUGGUGUUGAAGAAUUAUCGCCGAAUACGCGUAGAGUUGAAUUUGCAGCUCCCAGGCCUAGUAGGGCUGCAUCAGCACGCCCGUCAGUUAUGGAUAAGGCGGCUACAUCUGAACAGCCAACCAAACAUUUCCGGUUUGCCAGUCAAGUCGCAACAGAUCUACCUACUAGCUUGGUGGCUGAGUCAAGAACGAGACUCUUCCAAGGAUCCUUGAGUGUCGAUGGAUUGGCAGUAUCAGAUAAGGAUGCUGAUUCAGCGUAUGUGCCUUUUCAAGCACAGGUUAGUGCUCCUACAGACUGGAACAGCUCAGUAGCAGAAUUGUCUGAGAUAGGCUUUAAUCUCAAUGUCGUUGGAGCCAAAAUGAACGCAGUAGAAGCGGAAUCAUAUCAGCUAGGUGAUGGUGGCUGGACCAUGGCCAUAGAACGAGUGCGAGGCUCUACCGAUGGUUCACCGAGUGUCUAUAUACCUGCACCACGAUCAGCAUCUCCUUCAGCUCGACCUUCAAUGGUUCAACGUUUGUCGGCCGCUCGCCCUAGCUCUUCAGUGCGUCCACAGAAUGACGACAGUAUUCCAGAUGCCAGCCGUCCUACAUCUGCGAAUAGUAAAGCUCGUCGAGUCUCAUCAACUCGCAAGUCCGUAACAUCCGAGCAAACAUCUAUACUGAAAAGGUCUGCUUCACCUGAUAACUCUGCUAUCAACACUACUGCGGAGAACAGGAAACGAGACUUUCCUCCACUUCCUCAAUUGACCACGACCGUGGAGGAAAAUGGCUUGUCUUCUUCAUCGCAAGCAUCACUUCAACCUGAUUCACCCAAACCAUUAGAUCCAAAUAAUACUAUAGCGAAUCGAGGUCGUCCUCGUUCUCAUAACAACACGAUGGCACCAUCGUCGUCAUCACGUCUAGAUGAAUCCAAUAGUAGAGCUGGAAGUGCUGGUCAUCGUAAGAGAGAUUGGUAUCGUGUAGUGCAUCAUGGCCAACAACGAGAUCGUGAUCCAAUGGAGGUUGAAAAGUAUCCCAACUUGUAUGAUCCACCACUUGGUUUCAAGAUCCCUGCGGAAUUAAUCGCUUCCUCUUUGCUCACUCCUGAUCGCCUGGUAUAUGCAAUGGAGACUGAAUAUGAUGAGCAUGGGAGAAGCAAAGCCCUGGUCGCUUUGAUUUUGAAAGAGAUUGGAGAAUUGACUGACUUAUUGCAGCUGACUGGUGGCCUGGGACCUUCUGAAGUGCCUUGUCGUCGAGGUGUCUUGUCUGCAAGUGUUGGUCAUUAUACUGAUGCUAUAAAGGAUUUGAAUAGAGCGCUUGGGUCUGAUCCUCAAAUACAUGACGCUCUAUGGUAUCGACACAUGUUGAGAUUGAAGGAAGGCAAUGUAGCUGACGCCUUGGAAGAUUUGGAUACACUUCUGGACUUGGAUCCUGAUCAUCUUGGUGCAUGGAGAGCCAAAGCUAAAUUGUGUCAGGAGACAGAUCGCGCAAAGCAUGCCAUUGUUGCCUACACCAACAUCAUUCGAUUACGAACUGAUGAGCCUGAUGCGUAUUUUCAACGUGCAUUGCUCUUUAAUGCUGAACAUGAAAGCAUGUACGCAUCUCAAGAUUUCGCAGUAGUUCGACGUCUAGACCCAGAAAAUGAGACUGCCAUGAGACAUCUUGCUAUUCACUCCUUUGAACGUGAUCUUUACGACGAUGCCGUAAAAGCUUUUGAAAAGUUACUUGAAGCUAAUCCUGGUGAGGCUACAUUGUACACCUAUCAUGGACGGUGUUUGGCUCAUCUUGCCAAGUGGGAAGAUGCUUUGAAAGAUUUCAAUGAAGCUAUUCGAUUAUCACCUGAAAGUGCCGAUGUGUACUUCCACCGAGGCUGCUUACUACGUGAUCGGAAUCGUCAACGUGCCAUUGAGGACUUUUCGAUAUCGGUGUUGAUUGAUGAUACGAAAAAAAAUGCCGAUGCUUUCUUUCAGAGAGCAAUGCAGUAUGUGAAAUUGGAGGAAUAUGAUCUCGCUGUUGCUGAUUACAAGCGAGUAAAUGAGAUUGAUCCACUAAAGGCAGUGGCACAUCUGAAUUUGGGAACGCUGUAUCUCAAUAUUUACCGAGACCUGAAUGAAGCUUUAGUGUGUUUUGGUCUGGCCAUCAAAGCAGACCCCACUUCCAAACGAGCAUUGUUAUCUCGUGCAGAGCUAUAUCAAAAGCUACAUGCCAAAUCUCACGUCGGUUCAAGAACUGAAAUCACGAAUUUGGCUGUUCCCAAACGCAGGGGCAUACCCAUGUCUUAUGUAGAUAGUGCCGUGGCUGAUUACUCUCGUGCUAUACAUAUGAGGCCGAGAGAUCACUUAUUGUAUCUGUACCGUGGACGAUUGCUCUUGCGCGAAAGUCGCAUACAAGACGCCACAAAGGACUUCCAAACGGCAUUCAAUAUAAACUCUUCCAUUGCACAGACAUUUGUGCAGAGAUCUUUGGUCUUGUCCUUCCAGGGCAGAUAUCCAGAGAUUUUGGAAGAAUAUGAACGUCGUAAAGAAUCCGAGCAUCUUGAUGAGAAUGCUUCAGCUUUGCUGACGAUAGCCAAGACUUGCCAGAAGCUGGGUAAUUUACCUAGUGCCAUCAAAUACCUCGAUUUGGCCGACGCUAAAUCGCCGCAUGAUCCAAGACUCCAUUUCCAACGUGGCCUAGUCCUCAAAACCAUGUCUGAAUGGCCUCUAGCCGCAGCAGAAUUCAAGAAAUGUGUCAUCAUGGAACCACGCAAUGCUAAAGCACAUUAUAAUCUUGGGUUAUGUUUAUUGCGUCUGGGUGAUUUGAAGGGACUGAACUAUCUCUCUGAGGCGUUGAAGAAGGAUCCAAAAGACUUUGAAGCUUAUAUAACUCGAGCUGCCUUCCAGUUUAAGAAUGGAGAGCAGCGGAAGGCUAUUGAGGAUUGUAAUUCGGCAUUGGUGCUUGAACCUGCUAGUCUUCGAGCACAUUUGUUGAGAGGGACUUGUUAUUUGGUGCUUCAUCAGACUAGUGUUGCGGUCAGAGAUUUCACGAAAGCAGCUAAGAUUGAUAAGACAUGUCAUUUCGCAUUUUAUAAUCGAGCGGUUGCAUACCAGUCACUACAUGACUUGGAAUCAGCUCUGAGGGAUUACAGUAUCGUUCUCUUGCAUCAGGAGAGACAUUUUGAUGCUUUGAGGAAUCGUGGAUUGCUAUAUUGGCAUCGAGGUGAUGCUCAAAAUGCCUUUUUGGAUUUGAGUAAGGCUGCUAUAGGUUUCCCGAAUGAUGCUAGGUUGCGUGGUGUAUUGGGAUUAUGUUGUCAUAAACUUGGUAGACAUGCUGAAGCUAUUCAUUCGUUUGAUCAAGCAAUCAAGAUCGACUCUGAUAUGCUAGAGCUGUAUAUCGGCAAAGGCAAUGUUCUAGCCGCCAUGGCCGAAACAUCGAAAGCCAGAAGAGAAUAUGCCCGAGUCCUACAUGUCAAGCCACGAACACCCGCCGCAGCAUUCAAUAUCGCUUUCACCUUCCAACAAGACGACAAUCUGAAAAAGGCAGUCCAUUUCUUUACUGCUGCACUAGCUCUAGAUUCGAGUUGUGCAUAUGCAUUAGAUGGACGAGCAGUCGCACUUGUACAGUCUGGAAACCAUAUUGGUGCUCUUGUGGAUUCCUCUGAUGCCAUCAGGAUUGCACCGUGGAAGGCUGAAUACUUGUCUAAUCGUGGUGUUGUACAUGAAGCCAUGUGUAAUCCUGCUGAGGCUUUGAAUGACUUUAAGACGGCAGCUGAAAAGUCAAAGCGAUUCAGUCUGGCAUACUUUAAUCUGGGGAAUGCGUACCUCAAGCAAGGGUCUUAUGAGAAGGCGAUACAGUUGUAUGGGAAGUGCUUUGACUUGGAUCCUACUGAUGGACUGGCUCUCUUGAACUCUGCUAUUGCCAAGUACCUUAUACGGAAAGUGCCAAUGGCUCUUGAGGAUCUUAACGUUGCAGCAGAACUCUGUCCCAAAGAUGGAAAUAUCUUCUUUAUGAGAGGGCAUUUACUUGCUGAGCAAGGUAAACUGGAAGCAUCAGAAGCCGAUUAUACAAGAACACUGGCUAUUUCUCCCGAUGCAGAGAAGUUCAAUGCUCGUGCUGACGUAGAGGCAAAGGAGGAUAAGGCAUUGCUUUCUAUGCAGGAUUAUCAGCAUGCGCUACUGCCGGAAGAUAAGUUUAUGCCUUAA